AAAGUCAAUGCAUUUUUGCUAUCAUCACAGCUCUGUGUUACUGUCGGGUUUGCAGUUGACAACAAUUUGCUCUAUGUGUAAAUUAUCAUGUACUUCCUCCGUUUCUAAAUAUAAGCCUUUUUAGAGAUUUCAAUAAGAACUGCUGUAUAAGCUGGAUCUUAUUUGUGCAAGUUCCAUUCAUCUAUACAUAUUUUUGGGAAGGCUCGAUUUGCCUAUUGUUAGAGGUCAAUAAGGAGAAGGUGAGUCGCCCAACUGAUGAGGAGUCAAAUAUAACAUUUCUUUCUUUCUGCAACAGCAUGGACGAUGCAGGUUCAGAGUCAACGGCUGUGCCCCUCGAUUUAUUACUACAAAUCACAGAUGGUUUUUCCGAGGAGCCGAAACUUGGUAGUGGUUCGUUUGGAGAGGUUUACUUGGGUGUGCAUCCAGACGGGCAAAAGAUUGCUGUGAAGAAGAUCUAUGAUAUGCCCGGGGUUGACGAGGAGCAAUUUCAUAAUGAGUUUAAGAACCUUGCAAGGCUGCAGCACCGAAAUAUUGUGCGGUUAGUUGGCUAUUGCCACCAUAUUCAGGAAGUACCAGCAAUGUACGAAGGAAAAUUGGUUCUUGCGGAAAAGAUACAUAGGGCGCUCUGCUUGGAGUAUAUGUCUAAUGGAAGCCUUGAAAAAUAUAUUUCUGAUGAAUGUGAUAAAUAUGAUUGGCACACAGGCUACGGAAUAAUUAAGGGGAUUUGCCAGGGUUUGAAAUACCUCCACACUAAAUUAGAGCCACCUAUUUAUCAUUUGGAUUUAAAGCCAGCCAACAUAUUGCUGGAUGAGAACAUGGUUCCCAGAAUUGCAGAUUUUGGGAUAUCUAGGCUGUUUGGAGAUGAACGAACGCGAGCUACAAAAAGUACUUUAGGAACACAAGGGUACUUACCGCCGGAAUACAUACGCAACUAUUUAAUCUCAAGUAAAUUUGACAUAUUCAGCCUGGGUGUCGUAAUCAUAAAGAUAAUGGCAGGACGGGCGGGCUACUACAAAAGCGCUGAAAUGUCUUCCCACGAAUUCACUAAUUUGGUACAGGAAAAUUGGACAAAUAGACCACAUGAAACAUCGAGUCUGAUGAAGGCAUAUUCCAAGCAAGUAAAGAUGUGUAUUGAAAUAGGUUUAAGUUGUGUGCAGGAGGAUCGACACAAAAGGCCAACUGUAAAGAAUAUUGUUGAUAGACUGAAUGAGACAGAAACUGAGUGUACCUAUGCGUAUAAGAAAUUUGACGUGCAGGAGAACCCAGGGGGGCUCACCCCUAAUUAUUUCAUGAACAAUGGCCGCCCUGUCAGUGAAGUGCCUCUGAACAAUGAUGCAGGCCCUUCCAAACAAGCUAGAAUGGCAUGGCAAUAUCCUACAGACAUGACUGCACAACAAGAACUUGGUGAACGACAAGCAGCUUUGCUUCCUAAUGGAAUUUAUGAGCCUCCUAGGCAGAUAUCGGCAGGUUUUCCUGAAUCUGGAGGCACCACUAGAGUCAAGCUGCGCUUUGUUGAUGUUGAAGGACCAAAAGACCCCCUUUACACUGGUUGUCCAGUACAAUGGCUGAAUGGAGAAAAUGCUAAGGUAGUGAUAUUUGAAAACGAUAAGCAAAUCACACAGGGCGACCUUUCUAAAUUGCAAAUUGAGAUUUUAGCAGUCCAUGCUGAUUUCUUUACUGAGCGAGGACAAGCGGACUUCACCAAAGAGGAAUUCAACAAGCAGAUACAUAUGUAUAAUGGGAAAGAGUCAGUCUUAACAGUUGUAGUUAAUUUAACAAAUGGUGAGGCCUGUAUUGGCUCCUUUUUCUUCACGGAGAGCUACAGGAAAAAGUUAAGAUUGACAGCAAGAGUUGAAAGACAGGAUCUUGCGGUCAGAGUUCAAGAAGCAAUUACUGAUCCUUUUGUCGUCAAAGACCACCAAAGCGCAUUAAAUGGAAAGAAGUAUCCUCCAUCUACAGAAGAAGCGGUACAUCGUUUGGAGAACAUUUCUCUAAAGGAGAAGCUUUGCAAUGACCUAGCUGAUAAAAAUAUUACUACAGUGAAGCGCUUGAUGCGUCAUUAUCACAGAGAUAAAUCUGGUCUCCAAAAGCUUACUGGCAUGAAGGAUGAGGACUGGAGUACCAUGGUAACACAUGCCACCACGUGUGAUCCUGGGGUUGAGAUCUAUUCUUAUGGAGUUGCAGAGGAAAAUUGUGAACUCUUAUUCAAUGUUUUUUAUGAUCUUGUCGGUGUGCUGACCAAUGGAGAUUAUGUUCCUGUCAGUGACCUUGAUCAGUUUCAGCAGGUAUGCAUGUGACACUAUUCCAUGUCCAUCAUAAUUAGGCUGUUGAUAUACACUAAAGUAAUAGUGUGCUGGCAAUUAACUUGCAAAUGUUGUCACGGUAACAAGGUAUAGCAAAAUUUGCUUGUGGAACUUUGAAUACUUCAGCGUCACAAUGAACAGCUAUUGGCUAACCUAUAACUGCAUUGCUGAACAAAAACAAGGUAAAUUGAUGUUAUAGAAGUGAGCCUAGCUUACUUGGUUGGGGGAGUGGAAUACAAUCCCACCACCGGGGUUCAAGUACCCGAGGACAUGAAUUUUGGUUUGUAUCCUAUUUAUACCGCCGGGGCCCCUGUUACAGUUUUCCUUCCAAAAAAGGUAAACUACUAAUGUGGAGUUUAUUAUUUCCUAUAAGCGUAUGAUAAAAGCGUGUUGUUAAACCCCUUCAAUCACAGUAGAAUUCAACAUAAGGGGGAGCUAGCGACAACCCCGGUGCACCUAAAGAAAACCCAUAAAAAGACAAAUUCAUCAUAAAAAUAGCAGGGAAAAUAGAAGCAUUUUGCUGGCACCAAUACAUUGCUAUCACACUAAAAUAUUGCUUUUCGAUGAUGUAGAAGCUUUAUAAAGUUAUGAUCAUCAGAUGCUUUGCUGCAGUCCAAAUAAAAGCAAGCAUGUUCUAGUACAUUAUGACGGUGAUGACAUAAAAGAAAGAUUCUGUUACAGCUUAAAGUGAAGAGCAGGAAAAUGUCCGCAUUAAAGAAACUCGAGGAGCGGGAAAAAUCAGGGGUUCUUAUUCCUGAUUAUUUGAUGAUGAAUGGCUGCCCUGUCCGUGCAGUGCCUCUGAACAAUGAUGCAGGUCCUUCCGUACAAGCUAAAAGGACAUCGCAAUAUCCUAAUGACAUAGCUGCACAGAACGAAUUUGGUGAUCGACAUUCAUUGAUUGGGUUCUCACUGGCCGAAGUCCUGUCAAACAAUGACGCUGGUGAUUCGAAGCAAGAACAGACGGUGCAUCAAGGACAUGGUCAGCCCGAUGCUUCUAUGACACAUGCAAAUAUCUUAAAUGAUCAGGGAUCACUUUCAGCACAGCCAACUCCGUUGCACAAUUUUCUACCAGUUCCAACGGAUGAGAUGAUCACAGGUGCAAGUCUAACUGACGAACAGACUGAAUACUUCUCGACAACUGAUUCUCUUGGCACUUGUGAAACAGCGGAG